AAUCAAUCAAUCGCAAAGGGCCCAAACAUUCUCAGACUCUCUCUCUCUCUCACGCGUCACAUGAUGAUGGGUCAGAUUGGUGAAACUCCGAUUAGCUCCAGGCAGCUCUAUACGCCGGCGCCGGCGAAGCGUCCACGUGAGGAGAGCGAUGCGUCCUCCGAGGGAGCGCCGUCCCCGAAGAGGCGGGUGAAGUCCAUGAUGGACGUCUUCUACAGGAUCGUGCUCCCCUCAAGACAAAUCGGUAAGGUUAUUGGGAAAGAAGGGUUUCGAAUACAGAGGAUUCGUGAAAACACCAAAGCAACCAUCAAGAUUGCUGAUGCAAUUUCUAGGCAUGAAGAGCGUGUGAUCAUUAUAAGUUCCAAGUACAGUUACAACACCAUCUCUGAUGCUGAAAAUGCUCUAUUCCAAAUUGCUGAUUUGAUUCUCCAGGAUGAUGAUGGAAAUUCAGUGGCACUGAAGAUUGGUGGAGGGCAUGUUGCUGCAAAUACAAUAAGGCUUUUGAUUACGGGUUGCCAAGUCGGUGUUUUGAUUGGAGUUUCUGGUCAAAGCAUUGAGAAAUUAAGGAUGAAAUCUGGUGCCUCAAUAACAGUUCUUGCUCAAAAUCAACUGCCCCUGUGCGCAUCAGCCUAUGAGUCUGAUCGAGUGGUGCAGGUAUCAGGAGAUGUGUCUGCAGUAAUGAAGGCUUUGAUGGAGAUUGGAAGUCUAUUACGUGACAAUCCACCUAAGCAAACAAUUGCAAUUAGCCCAUCUUACAAUCUUGGAUUCAACCGAGCACCUAAAGCUUAUUUGGAUCCAAAUUCAGCUGAUUAUGUGACGAUAGAGAUGUUAGUGCUGGAAUCAAUGGUUGGUGGUUUAAUUGGAAGGUGUGGUUCAAACAUAUCGCGAAUUAGAACCGAAUCUGGAGCUGCAAUUAAGGUUCAUGGAGGAAAAGGUGCUCAAAAUCACAGAAAACUUCAGAUUGGCGGUAGUGCUCAACAAGUUGCACGGGCAAAGCAAAGAAUAGACGAGUACGUGUAUUCUGAAUACAUACAACAAUAUGGGAUUGAAGCAAGUGGCGUUCAUCAUCAUCAUGAUCCUCGAGUUGGCUUGCAAUCAUCAACAAUACAACCUUCCAUGAUACAACAAGCCAUUGCUCAACCAAUAAUGAAUCACGGGGCUGGAAUGGGGAUGAUGAACGCCGCCGCAUCUGCCUAUCCGCCUUAUUAUGGAGCGAUUAGAGCCAGCCAAGUUCCAGCCUUUUCAGGAUAUUCUUAUCCUGCACACCAAAUGUAGUGAAAUUAUAUGAAGGUAUAAAUAUAAUAGGUAUUUAAAAAUGUGUAUGCAUUCCUUUGAAGCCCAAACAACUUUAUUAUAUUUUCAGUCACAGAUUGUUUGGAUAAUUGGGUGUUAUAAUCUCCAUACAUUUUUUUCAAUAAUGUAUUAUUUUUUCUA